AUGUCUUCUGUCAAUGCCAAUGAUGGUGAGGGGUUUGUCAGUGCUGCCUCACUAGUUCCUGGGUUUGGGAUGGCUGCUUCUGCUGCCCCUACUGGUGGGGCUCCUCCUACUAUUGUUGUUGCUAAUGUGCAACCUCUGCCUGCUGCUGGUGCUAAUGGGGCUGCUGGUGCUAUCAAUGCUGGUGGGGGUGGUGCUAGUAGGGCUCAUGCUUGUGUGUAUAACCACCUGAGGAAGUGGAGGCAGAGAUGGGGGAGGGUUUGCAAGCUCAAGGAGCUUAGUGGGGCACUUUGGGAUGAUGACACCAAGGCCAUCAUGUUGGAUCAGGACCACUAUGCUGGUCAUGUGAAGGACCACCCUAAGGAUGUUGAGUACCUGAACACCCCUAUCAGGUUCUAUGAUGAGAUGGAGACCAUCUUUGGAAGCGCCUGUGCAACUAGGAGGUUUGCUGUUGGGUCAAAUGAGCCCCUGGGGGUGAGCAGCAACACCACUGACAUUGCAGCAGGCAAGAUGGAGGGCACAUUUGGGCACCAGCAGCUGGGGGAUGAGAAGGCUAACCAUGGGGAGAGCAGCAAGGCCACUGAGCCUAACAGCUCUGUAGUGGGUGGGAAGUGGAAGAGGGCUUGCUUUAGUGAGGAUGAGAUGUUGAUCAUGACCAACAUGACUGAUGUAGUCAACAAUGUGGCUAAUGCUUUGAGGGAGACAGGGCCUGCUCAUGUUGAUGCUGACCUUUACCAUGCUGUGAUGGACAUGCCUGAAUUCACAGAGGAGGCCUUGAUUGUGGCAUUCAGCCACCUUCUAGACAACAAGGCAUAG